CUCAUAUGUGGCAUAAAUGCGGCAGACAAAUCAAACAGAGCAUCUUUUAUUACUGCGCUGCAAUUUGGAGGGCAUUUUUGGAUUGCAAAAUUGUUUUUAUGGAAUACUUUUUAUCAAUGGCUACCAAAUCUCAUCCCAUUAAAUUAUACUUCAAUUUAUUAUUGGAUGCGUGUGUCUUGGUUUGAUGUACAGUUGUUCAAUAGGACGGUAUUUUCUACAAUUGGUGUAUUUAUGGAUCCUCACGCGAUACUUAUAGAUGGUUUGCAUGCGAAUCAACAACCGUACUAUCAGCAAAUCGCGUUUCUAGAAUUAUGGCAUAUUUCAAAAUUUGAUCAUGACCGACGUGUUGCGAUAUAUGCGGAUUUCAAUCGCAAACAACCUUUUAAUUGUACUUUGCAUAAUAACCCAACUUCUGCCUGGACCGAGAUUUCACGCACAUGCAUGGACUUUAUAUUAGGACUUGCAAAUGCUGCACAGAAUGAGAUCAAAACACAACAACGAAGAAAGUUGGAAAUGAAAAAUAAGCAUGACUUAUUUAAAAAGCUUACAGAGGCUGCUAAAAAGCAGAAACAAUCAGUGAAAGUUGGGCAGAGGAAUCUUGAUGUUGGUGUUACCGCGGAUACAUUGACUAAAGAUCGUGAAUAUUGGGAUAUGAAAUUACUUGAGUGGUUUCACCCUGUAGGAGGCAAUCAACGACCUUUUGUGAGGAAAUUAUAUUGCCUUCUGGUAACUCCUUUAUUUAAGAGAUCUAUAGAACGACGAACAAAGAAUGUGUUUAAAGACUUACACGUAACAGUAUAUGCUAUUCAGGCUCUGACAAUGCUUACAGUCAGAUCAUUGCAUGAGGAUACGCAUGGAAUAGUUCAAAAUGAUAUUUCUAAUGUAUUCGAAUCAAUGCUAGACUGCUUAAUGUCUCUUGAACGCUAUGCCAAGGAACCACCGUUAGAUGAUUGGGACAUAGGUGAUCCAUUUACGGAUACGCCCUAUAAAGUCUUGGCUGAACCGUUUAUUGUUAUCAAUG